AUGUCCUUCGCUUGCGACUGCGCAUGUAGUGCUUAUUCGCGGUACCAAGUGUCCAAGACGGCAAGCGGGAAGGAUGAGGACCCCACGUCUGCCGCCUUUUCUUCGCAAAUACGAGCGGCGUGUUGGGUGGCACACCAAGGUGAGAGUACUAUUGGUUUCAACAUGUCAGCAUUUAGUAGUUACAAUACAUGUCUUGCUGAGCACUUUGAUGUGAGGCUUUUGAUUCGAGCAACGAGUUCGCCCGGGCGUGAUUUUCUCAACAUGACUCAUAAUGAGAAUGAAGAGACAUUCAUUGGAGAAGUGGCUGUCACUCGGCACGCAAUGCACAUGAUCUUAUCUGGAGACCCAAAGAGAACUCGAAAGCAUACAGUAUCUUCUAGAAUACCCAUCACCAUCCUGGCUCCUACCAUAUCUUCGGUUCAACCGCACGCUACACAGCACAAGCUCAGCAUCUCUCCCAACGUUCACAAUAUCAUCUAUAGACCCCUCAACAGGUUCAUGGACGGCCGUGCCAUUUUCCAAUACUUCCAGUGA